UAACCCCUCCCUGGCCGGCCCCGCCCCGCCCCGCUCGCCCGAAGCAGCCCCGGCCCCUUUGUCUGCGCCGCGGCCCCGGAGCCCCAUGUCCCGCCGCGGCGCCGCGCCCCGGGCCGGCAGCGACCGGGGCCGGGUGGGGGAGCGGCUGCAGGCCAGCCUGGCCGGGCUGCUGGAGCUCGAGCUGCUGCGGGACACGCAGCGCGGGGCCGUGGCCGGAGCCCUGGGCCGGGCGGCACCGCAGGUCAAGGACCCAUCGCCCCCGGCUCAGCUGGACCGGAGCCGCUCGGAUGACCUGCUGGAGGCCUCGGAGGCCGAUUCCCGGCCCAGCUCCGGCUUCUAUGAGACCAGCGAGAUGGGCUCCCUGUCCGACUCCUGCUCCUCGGUGCUCAGCGACGGCGCUGGCAGCCGCGGGUCCCUGUCUUGGCUGCCCGGCCCGCGGCCCCACUCCAUGGACGAGGCGGCCACCCGCAUCCUGGACCUCCAGCUGCGGCGUCUGAUGGCGGUCGGUGCCCCAGCUCGGAGGCCGGUCUCCACAGGUGACCUGGACUUCCUGCUGAGCCUGGGUGAGCUGGGGCCCCGGUGCCGGCCCUACAAGUGCGACCUGGUGUCCCGUAGCACCAGCGAGAUCUACUGUUACCCCAGCCCACUGCACGCCGUGGCCUUGCAGAGCCCCCUCUUCACUAGCGGGCUGUCCCGGGACCCCUCCCAGGAGGACCUGAGGGAGGAGGAGGCCAUGCCCACAGCUCAGAACCAGCCAGCCCUGUCGGAGGAGCAGCGCCGGGCCCGGCUUGAGCGCUACAUCUCCAAGCUGGUGCUGCGGUAUCGGUGCCGGGCAGCUGAGCCCACCAAGAGCCAGGCGCUGGCCUCAGUCUGCGGCUCCCCACCGGGCGCUGGCCCUGCACCUGGCUGGAAGCUUCGCCGGCGUAUCUCCACCUGUUCCCACCUGCGCUCCCCUGAGGCCCCCGCCGCAACUUCGCUGGGCUCCCUCCUGGAGCACCUCUCGCUAGGCCCAGAGCCGGAGAGCUCCAGCAUGCCAGCAUGCCAGCCUGAGGCCCUCGCCAGGGGCCGGGGGGCCGGGGAACGGCUGUACCGGGGCAAGCACGCCUCGCGGGAGCUGGUGCGAGCGGCGGAGGGGCCGGAGCGUGGCUGGCUGGGGCCACGGGAGCUGCUGCGGCGGCUCAGCCUGCGGCGCCGGAGAGAGGGCAGCCAUCGCUGUGGCUCGGAGGGCAACGUGUGCCCAGCUGCCCCCGGCCGCCCCAAGUGGGCGUCUGUGCUGGAGAUCUCCUCUGUCCGGGCUGCGGAGCCCUGCUUGCCCCCACGCCGCCGGCCGCUGGCUCUGUCCACGGACUCCUGCUUCCUGGGGAGUGGCAGCACCUGCAGCCUCGGCGAGGAGGACGCCGGCAGCCUGGCCGAGGAGUGGCGACCGCCGGCUUCAGGCAGGGCCCUAACGCUCCCCACCGGCGACCCGGGCGGCACCAAGCUGCAGCGAGCUCGCUCCCUCAAGGAGCUCAAGAGGAUGGUGCGCCUCUCACUGCGCCCUGCGGCUCACAAGGGCUCCAAGUGACUCGGGCACAGGUGCCUCUGGCCUUUCCCCUGCCUGGACUGGGCUCCCAGCCCUGCGUGCUGGGGCCAUGAAUCCCAAGACACCAGCUUUCACUCUCCUUUCUCUGGGAACAAUAAAAGCUACAAUGCA